AUGGUUCAAAUCGAGAAGAUCUCGCCGGGUGAUGGCAAGUCGUUCCCCAAGGUAGGCGACACGGUGACCAUGCACUACACGGGUACGCUUGCCAAGGACGGCUCUGUGUUCGACUCGUCGCGCAAGCCUGGCCGUGGUCCGUUCAGCACCGAGAUCGGCGUCGGCCGCGUCAUCCAGGGCUGGGACCAGGGCGUCCCACAGCUGUCGCUGGGCGAGAAGGCCAAGCUCAUCAUCCCCGCCAACGAGGGCUACGGCGCCCGAGGUGCCGGCGGCGUCAUCCCCCCCAACGCCGACCUCGUCUUCGAGGUCGAGCUCCUGGCCAUCAACGGCAAGUCCGCUUAA